AUGCUAACUGGUGUUAGUCCACAUCUACAUAAGAUCCACAACGCCAUCCACAUCCACAUCUUUAACCACAUCCAAUUCCACAGCGAAAUCCACAUCCACAUCCACAUUUACAUCCACAUCCAAUUCCACAUCCACAUUUACAUCCAUUUUAGCUCCCACAUCCCCAUACACAUCCAAUUCCACAUCCACAUCAGCUCCCACAUCCACAUUUACAUCUACAUCCAAUUCCACAUCCACAUCAGCUCCCACAUCCACAUCCACAUCCACAUCCACAUCCACAUCCACAGCCGUCCGGGGAAAGCAUUCAACAAUAAAUAG